AAAAAACGAGAGAGAGAGAGAAGGAGGGGGGGCUAGUGGAUGUAGCUCUAGCUGUGGGCCGGGGGGUGAGCUACCUAGCCCGGGCUGCUCUGCCGAAACAUCCAUGGGUGGCUGUGUCGGGAGCCACCACGACUCCUCGGGCAGCUUAAACGAGAACUCGGACGGCACUGGAGUGGCUCUAGGGCGUAACCAGCCCCUGAAGAGAGAGCGGCCUAAAUGGAAAAGUGACUACCCGAUGACUGAGGGCCAGCUGCGCAGCAAGAGAGAUGAGUUCUGGGAUACGGCGCCAGCUUUCGAGGGCCGGAAGGAGAUCUGGGAUGCGCUGCGGGCUGCGGCCAGCGCCUUCGAGAGCAAUGACCACCUGCUGGCUCAGGCCAUCCUCGAUGGGGCCAGCAUCACACUGCCACACGGAGCUCUGACUGAAUGUUAUGAUGAACUGGGGAAUCGAUACCAGCUGCCAGUCUACUGCCUCUCUCCUCCCGUCAACAUGAUUGAAGAGCGCUCUGAAGAGCUUGACGGUUCAGAUCCGGACUCCGGGGCCGCAGACCCGUCCACAGGUGCCAGUGACCCCGCUUCAGGAGGGGAGUGCCAGCUCCGGCUCCGGCUCUCCACGGGCCGCGACCUCCGGCUGGCUGUCCGUUCCACGGACACAGUGGGCAUGAUGAAGCGUCGUCUACAAAGUCACGAGGGUGUACCUGCUGCAACCCAACGCUGGUUUUUCUCAGGUCGGCCACUGACAGACAGGCUGCGCUUGGACCAACUCAACAUCUCCAGGGACUAUGUAGUGCAGGUCAUCCUCAGCCAGCCGCCGCCGCCAGAGCCGGUAUCAACACCAGGACACACACCAGAGGCCUCUGGGCCAGUGGCCAUGGAAGCAGUGGCCACACUGCCACCGGAACCAACGCCAGUGGAGAAUUAACUCCCCCCAGCCUGGCAGCCUGGAAGUGGCAGUAUAAAAGGAGGACGAUAACAAGGGAGAAAAAAGAAUGAAAGUUGAUUCUGACUUUUCUCUUUUGAUUUGCACUCUUCUCUUGUUAUUUUUGCUGAGAAGGGCUUUGUUUGAGCAGACUUUGGCUGGCUGCUGGAGCAAAAGGACUCUUGAAUUGAGAAAAGACUCUUCCUUUUGGUUUUACACGUUGAAAUUUUGACCUUUUUGAAGUCUUUUUAACUCUUCCUAUGGAAACCAAACAACGAAAAGAGAACUUUGUAUGAUGGCUUAAAGGGUUUUCAUAGCAACACUGAUGUUCGAAUGUUUCUGUGUUUCGGGUUCUGUUUUGAGUCUCAGCAGAAUUCUGUUUAUGAGGCUACAGGGUUAUACAUACACUUUCAUUACAUACAUGUUCAACACAGGCAGUUUAGAAAGAAGAGAUCAAUCAAUUAGUCAUGACAGUUAUUCAGGCAGUUAUUUUUAAUUAAAUGUGAAUCAAAUCGGGAAUCACUUCCUCACUUGGGGAUUAAGUCAGUAUGCUAACAGCUGUAAAGAAAGGUUCGUAUUGCUAGCUAGUAAAACAGAUGUGUCCUCUCUCUUGUCAAGAGGUUGCAGUCGGGGUCGUGACAAUGUUUUACCAAGCUGCCGCUGGAUUAGACGCUUUAUUUGAUCCUGCUUCACAGAACAAUCGGAGCAAUCAUGUAAUAAACAUUAAGUUGUCGGCCUGUGUGUGUGUGUGUGUGUGUGUGUGUGAAUAAGCGUGUGUGCGUGGAUGUUCAUAUAUGUAUGUUCAAAACACAACCACACUUAUUCAUGUGGCAAAAGGAUGGAACAUCCGAAACACAGUUGCAUAUUUUGAUUAAAAAUAGAAUGUUUUUAAUUAAAAUUGAUCAUUGUUUCUAUUCCCCG